UCAGACAGAAGGUUGCCGCGGUCGCCAUGUUGCUGAAUGAAAUUAACCUAGCUCCAAAACAUUGAAUAGUAGCUAGCAAUAUCGAUAUUUUAUUUUUCACAGAAUAUCACUUGUUACGGCAUGUAACCUACCAUAAAUAUGACUUAGGAUUUGUGAAACAACUACAGAAGCCCUAUUCCCUUUUAUUGUGUUUAGACAUAGCUACAGUGUCACGCAAUGCACCAUGGAAGUGGAUCACAGAAUAUGCAACGACAGCUCCAGAGAUCCAAGUCUGUCAGUGGGUCAGAAGCAGAUGAGCAGCAGCAGCAGCCGACCAUGGCAGCUACACAGCAGCAAGCCACAGUCAACCACCCUCAGUCUCCUGUGACCACUUUUUCCUCUGCUGCCAGCCCUUCAGCCCCCCAGUCACCCAAUUAUCAAAUAAUCAUGAGUCGUAGCCCAGUCACUGGACCGAACAUGAACAUCACUUUACAAAAUGUGGGCCAGAUGGUGACUGCAAAUCAGCAGAUAACCCUGACCCCACUUCCCAUCCAAAACCCAGCAUCCCCUGGCUUCCAGCAUACUACACCUCAGUGGAGGUUUGAGCAUGCUCCAUCCUCCUACAUCCAGGUCACAUCUCCAGUGCCCCAGCCCAUCCAACCUCAAAGUCCCACCCAGCAUAGCCCAGUCCCUCUGCAAGGUGUAACAAGACCAGGAGCUCCGGCAGCAGCAUUGGGUGUAUGUGGACAGAGUCCAACACGAUUUGUUGAAGCUGGUAUGUUAGUGCGGCAAAUCAGUUUAGGCAGUCCAUCGGGUAGUGGCCACUUUGUUUACCAGGAGGGGACAGGACUGGCCCAGAUUGCCCCAGCCUCAUCUGGCCAGGUGCAGCUGGCCUCUCCAGGAACACCAGGUUCUGUAAGAGAACGUCGUCUCUCUCAGCCUCAUUCACAGACUGGAGGCACCAUUCACCAUCUCGGACCUCAAAGUCCCGUGGCCACCGGUACUACUCUUCCAACUCUAGGCAGCCCCGGCCACAUCACCACUUCCAAUCUACCUCCACAAAUCAGCAGUAUCAUUCAAGGACAGCUGGCGCGUCCUAUGAUAUUUGAGAAGACGUCACAAGGUGUGGUUGCUGGAGUAGGAACCACAGCCACAGCCUCAUUUAGUAUUCCCUCCUCCAUUCCACCCUCUAGCCCCUCCCUCACCAGUCCCCCCCAAGGGAUCUCCAACAAUCCCCUUGCUCCCACCAGCAUGACUGUGGGCACUAUGAAGAAGCAGGUCACCAAGAAGUUAGAGGAAAUUGCUCCCUCUACACCAGAGAUUGCCCAGCUGAGAAAACAGUGCUUGGAGCACCACACCAAGAAGAUGGAGAGCCUGAAAGAAGUGUUCAAAGAAUAUCUGAUUGAACUAUUCUUUCUGCAGCACCUCCAAGGGAACAUGAUGGACUACUUAGCUUUUAAGAAGAAGCCUUGUGUUCCCUUGUAUACUUACUUGAGACAGAAUGACUUGGACCUUGAAGAUGAAGAGGAAGAGGAAGAACAGUCUGAGGUCAUUAAUGAUGAGGUAAAGGUUGUUACAGGAAAGGAUGGCCAAGCAGUAACGCCAGUUGCCAUAGCAACACAGCUUCCUCCCAACGUUUCUGCAGCUUUCUCUGCCCAGCAGCAGUUUCAGGGACACCAAGGGGCUGCCUCUGGCACCAUUACAAACCCUGGAGACAUGGAUGCCUUUAAGAGGCAACAAGCUAUGGUGCAAGCAGAUCAGGCUAAGAGGCCCCGGAUUGACGUUGGUCGCCAUGGGCUGAUUUUCCAGCAUCCUGGUGUAGCUCCUUUAGGAUCACCUGGCGUGCCACUCCAGCAGCUUAUGCCAACUGCGCAAGGCGGGAUGCCGCCUACUCCUCAAGCAGUCCAGAUUGCAGGACAGAAGCAGAACCAGCAACAGUAUGACCCAUCCAAAGGACCUCCAGUGCAGAAUGCAGCCAGCCUGCACACUCCUCCUCCCCAGCUGCCUGGCAGGUUGCCUCAAGGUGCCCUCCCUAUGGCAGGUCUGCCCAUUACACUCUCACAGCAGCCUCAGUUGGUGGAGAAUACAGCUCAGCCUGCUGGUCAGCUCCAGGCACAGGUGAAAGUGCAGGCAAGUGGGGCAGUCCUGGCUACAGUUAAUCCCCACACACAGCUCCAGGCCCAACUGCAGCAGCAGAUGCAGCCAGGUCUUCAUCUCCAGUUGCAGCCGCAGCAGCAACAAUCACAGACCAUUCUACAGUCAGGACAAGCGACUGUGGCACUUGCUCGCCCUGGUACAGAGCCAAACCAGCCAGUUCAGAGGGUUGUGACCAACUCAAUAUCAAUUACAUCCUUGUCUCCUGCUCCCCUCUCUGCUCCCAACUCUAUUCCAACCCCCCAUGCUGCAAGCCCUCUCCGUCCACUUGGUUCUAACCUCAACCCCAGCACCCAGUCCAAACUGACUGGAACCAAUGGAAUAUCUGCAGUCAAAUUAGGUGGCUUCUGUCAAAGUACAGCCAUGCAGUCCUCACAGGAGGGUUCUCAAGAUAAGCAAGUUGAGCAGGCCAAAUUGGAGAGUCAAGUACACCAACGCAUCUCUGAGUUAAGGAAGGAGGGUCAGUGGUCAGCCAGUAGACUCCCCAAGCUUGUGGAAGCUUCACGUCCAAAGUCCCACUGGGACUACCUCCUGGAGGAGAUGCAGUGGAUGGCAGCUGACUUUGCCCAAGAGAGAAGAUGGAAGGAGGCUGCGGCUAAGAAGCUUGUUCGCACAUGUGCCCGUUAUCAUCAAGAGCAGAAGAAAAGUGAAGAGAGAUCAAAGAAAGAAAGGGAAGUUCAUCUUCGUCACAUUGCAAGCACAAUUGCCCGAGAGGUUGAAUUCUUCUGGUCAAACAUUGAGCAGGUUGUUGAAAUUAAACUCCAGUUCGAAAUUUACGAGAAGAGGCUCAAAGCACUUGGCUUACAAAAAGCCUCAGCCAAAGCAUCCGGUUCAUCAGCAGGAGACAAAGCUGUUAAAGAGGAGGGGGCCACUUCAGCUAAAAAAAGAAAAGCAAGUUCAUCCUUGGUUGAUGAAGAUGUCACAGAUGAAGAGAGCACCAUAGAGGAGCAGGAGGGCAUGGAAGGAGAAACAGACCACAAAGCAGAGUUGGUUGACCUUGCCAAAGACGCUGAGAUGCCUCUGGAUGCUCUGAUGAAACAGUAUGCUGGUGCCUAUGCUGACAGCUUUGAGUGGCCUCAGCCUAGUCCUCGUAGUGAUGACGAUGAAAUGGAAGAGACUGAAGGAAUGGAAUGUCCUUCAGGCAGUCCGCCUGAGGCAGUGCUGAUUGACUCCCUGCUUAGUGUGGACCAGUAUCGAGGUGCUGACAAAGCCACUUCCUCAGACUCUGACGGGAAGCCUGGCAGAGACAUAGCUGAAGUAGCUGCUGCCACAGAGCUCAUCUUGCCCAAGGGCAGCUUCAGAACCACUUCAUCAACUCGCAGCCCAGCUCCGUUUCUGUUACAUGGGUCGCUGCGAGAAUAUCAGCAAAUUGGUGUUGACUGGCUGGUGAACCUUUACAAGAAACACCUCAAUGGCAUAUUAGCCGACGAGACAGGCCUUGGGAAGACUGUACAGACUGUGGCUUACAUGGCCCACUUAGCUGGCCAGGAAGGCGUCUGGGGACCCCAUCUUAUUGUAGUAAGGACGUGCAAGUUGCUAAGUUGGGAGGUGGAGUUCAAGCGUUGGUGUCCUGGCCUGAAGAUCCUCCUGUAUCUUGGUAACAGAAGGGAGCGGAGAUCUAAGAGAAUGUGGUGGGGAGAAGCCAAUAGCUUCCAUGUAUGUGUGACAUCCUACAAGUUGUUGAUGAAAGACCAGAGCCAUUUUCUGAAGAGAAAGUGGAGACAUCUUGUCCUGGACGAGGUGCAGCUCAUCAAAAACAUGACAGAGAAGCACUGGGAAACAAUCUUUGCUCUGAAAAGUGAGCAGCGAGUUCUCCUCAUCAACACUCCUCUACAGAAUACUCUCAAGGAGCUGUGGACCAUGAUCCACUUCCUUUUGCCCGGGAUCACCAGGCCCUACUCUGACUUUCCUGUGAAGGCAGGCACAGACCAGAACCAAGAUUACUGCCACAAACUGGUCAUCCGCCUGCACAGGAUGAUCCAACCUUUUAUCUUGAGGCGCUCCAAAAGAGAUGUGGAGAAACAGCUGCCCAAGAAGUACGAGCACAUUCUAAAAUGCCGUCUGUCCAGCAGGCAGAAGAGCCUUUAUGAGGAUAUCCUCACUCAACCGAGUGCUCAGGAGGCGCUGAAGACUGGUCAUUUUGUCAGCGUGCUUCAGGUCUUGAUGCAGUUACAGCGAGUGUGUAAUCAUCCUGAGCUGGUCGCACCCAGAGAGACCAGCAGCUCUUAUUUCUGUUCUUCUCUGCAAUACAAUGUUCCAUCCCUGGUGCUGGGAGCUCUUAAGAGUGACUCAAGCAAGAUUGCAAACCUGUCCAUAUUUGAUCUGAUAAAUAAUGAGAACAGAAUGACUCGCUAUCAGACUGAAGAGGCAGUGCCCAAACUAAAGGUCACUCAGCAGCUCAUAGAGGAGAUCUACACCGGUCCAGAUCCACCACCUAGACCGAAACCAUGUCCUAUAAAACCCAUGAGAUUAUUCCAGCCAGUGCAGUAUGGCACAAAGCCAGAGGGUCGCCUUGCCACCAUCACAAAUGCAGUCGGUCAGCGCCCUCCAACUGGCGGUCCAGCUACUAGCACCUCUCCUUCCACAACCACCCAGUCAGCACAGACCAGGGGCAAAUCCCCCGUCACUACAGCAACGACUACUCCCACUUCUCACGCAGUUGGAACAGCUACUCAGAGAGCCCAGGCUACCCCUCCUGUCAACAACAGCAACAACACUGCAGCCUCCUCUGUAGCCUCCUCUGGGAACAGUGGCAUUGGGCAGCAUGUGUUGGGGGCUGCCCCUGUGGCUUUGGGCCAGACCUUAGCUGGCACAGUUGUGAGAUCUGUGGCUCCCAUCAGCCAGCCUGGAUUAACACAGGUCCCCAGGCCAGCUCUAGCCCCCAGCCAUGCCAUCCAGCCCAGCUUACUGUCCCAGAGGCUGGUUCUUACAUCCCAGGCCCAGGCACGGUUGCCUAGUGGAGAUGUGGUGAAGAUCGCUCAACUGGCCAACAUAGCAGGCAGUCAGAAUCGUAUCUCCCAGCCAGAGACUCCUGUCACUCUGCAGUUUCAGGGCAACAAAUUCACUUUGUCUCCCAGUCAGCUCCGCCAGCUCACCACUGGGCAGCCCUUGCAGCUCCAAGGUACACUCGGCAACAUCCUGCAGAUUGUGUCAGCUCCAGGCCAGCCGAUCAUUAGGCCCCAGGGAUCCAUGGUAAUGCAAACCAUGCCUCAAGCUGUUCCUGCCUCCAAUGCUUCAGCUACACCUGGUACACCUCAUCCUGCCCUGUCAGCAGCUCAGCAAGCAUUGGGUGUGACUACAAACGCCACAUCAGCCCCCUCCAAGCUUACUACUGUAGCUCAUGGUGGUUCUCAGGAGUCUUCAGAAGAAAAGACUCAACAGCAGAAGGAGCGUUUGGGCCGCCUGUUUGAGGCGAAUGAGCAGCGCUGUAGCCGUAGAGUGUUGUAUGGGUCAGACCUGCUGCAGGCAUGCACUUUGAGUUCAGAGCGUGGUCACACUGCCCUGACUGCUGGAGGCUGGAGGUGGGUGGGCAGAGAAAGCUGCCUCAGGGCCCAAAGAACGUGCGUGGCCACCACCUCUGCCCUGCAAUCCUCUCUGCUCUCUGUGAACAACCACCUGGAGGCUGCCAACAGCCUUAUCAAUAGACUGGCAUGUGUGGUGCCUCCAGCUGUAGCUCCACGGCCUCAUCUGUAUGCAGCCAAUCCCCCAGUUCCCUACAGCCUGGAGCAGAAGUCCCUUCACCGCCGGCUUCUGGAGGCCUCUGCACCCCACAGUGCAGACAUCCAUCAGUUAGCAUCCACGCAUCUUUUCUAUUAUCCAGACUUGCAACUAAUGCAGAUGGACUCAGGUAAACUGGAAGCUCUUGCCAUUCUGCUGCAGAAGCUUAGGUCAGAGAGUCGCCGUGUCCUCAUCUUUACUCAGAUGGUGAAGAUGCUGGACAUCCUGGAGGCCUUCCUAGAUUACAGGCAGCUCACUUAUGUGCGCAUUGAUGAAAGUUUCACUUUUGAUGAAAGACAGGAGAAUAUGAAAAAGUUUAACAGGAACAGGCAGGUGUUCUGCAGCAUCCUGACCAACCGCUGCUGCUCUGCAGUUGGGACAGUGUUUGACGCAGACACCAUCAUCUUCUACGACACAGACCUCAAUCCCAGCAUGGACACUCGCACCCAGGAGUGGUGUGACAAAAUAGGCCGUUCCAAGGAUAUCCACAUAUACAGGUUGGAGAGCGGGAAUUCCAUUGAAGAGAAACUGCUGAAGAAUGGCACGAAGGACUUGAUAAGAGAGGUUGCUGCCCAGGGGACUGACUACUCCUUGGCUUUCCUCACACAACGGACGAUCCAGGACCUAUUUGAAGUGGAAGCGGGCUCAGGGGAGAAGGUGGAGGAGUUCGUGGUUCUUCACCAGGAGCCAUCGGCCUCUGAAGCCAUCUCUCCCAGAGUAGCAAGACCUUACAUCCAGGCUCUUCACAGCAUAAACCUGGAUGCUCUGCCAGAGGACAAAGAGCAGCAGCAGGAGGAGUUAGCAGCCAAGGAGUUGAUGGAGGGUGAAAAGGAGUCAGAGAGUCAUUCUAAAGAAGAGCCUGCUCAGAUAGAAGAGCUGAAUGCAGUCAUGGAACAGCUAACACCUAUUGAAAGAUAUGCCCUGCAUUAUCUGGAGUACCUCUACAUCAGUGACGAUGAAACGGCUCUCAAGGAGCAGUUGGAGUGCUCUAAGAGAGGCUGGGAGCUGCAGCAGCUGCAGAAGCUUAAGGAGGAAGAGGAGGAGCAGCAGAUGAUGGAAGGAGAUGAAGAUCUCUUCACCUACACCAGAGAGGAUGCCUACAACAUGGAGUAUGUGUUUGAUGCAGAGGAUGGCCAUACAGAAAUAAUGCCGCUCUGGACUCCACCCACACCACCACAAGAUGACAAUGAUAUUUACAUUGACUCUGUGAUGAUGCUGAUGUAUGACACCACACCCAUGCCAGAGUCCAAGCUGCCUCCUAUUUACAUCCGCAAGGAGCAAAAGAGACUCAAGAUGGACCCCUCAGCAGCAGCCAGAAAGAAGAAAAAGGGACAUGGGGAGACGGUAAUUCCUCCACGCUCCCUUUUCGAAAAGGCCAGCAUGCUCAAAGUUCGCAGAGAGGGCAAGGACCAGAAAAAGAACUUCUCCCUCAAGCAGCAGGCUCCCUUUGCCAAGCCCCUACCAUCGCUGGUUAAACCUGCCAUGGAGGCCGGCCAGGACAACCCAGAGUGGCUUAUCAGUGAGGACUGGGCUCUGCUUCAGGCUGUAAAGCAGCUGCUGGAGUUGCCUCUGAACCUGACAAUUGUGUCACCUGCCCACACACCUAACUGGGAUCUAGUGAGCGAUGUGGUGAAUUCUUGCAGCCGCAUUUACCGCUCACCCAAACAGUGUCGCAACCGCUACGAGAAUGUCAUCAUUCCCCGUGAAGAGGGCAAGUUGGUUUAUGAGGCAAACCCCAAGAAGAAAACCAAGAGCAUAUACAAGUCUAAGAACAGCCGUCCUCUAAGGACCUGUCAGAUCUACACACAGGAUGACAAUGCCACUCACAUUCAGCUCUACAACAGCCGGUUCGAACUCAUGAAGAUAAUUGCCAGCAAGAGAAGCCCACCAAUCAAGCCACUGCUUGGCAUGAAUCCAUUCCAGAAGAAUCCCAAACAUGCCUCAGUCUUGGCAGAAAGUGGGAUCAGCUACGACAAGCCCCUACCUCCUAUUCAGGUGGCUUCUCAACGUGCUGAAAGGAUUGCCAAAGAGAAAAAGGCUCUUGCAGAACAGCAGAAGGCUCAGCAGUUGGCCCAGCAGCAGGCUGGAGCCCCCCAGGCCCAGGCUGCACCUGGCCAGGCCCAGGCUCCUGCUGCUGGCCAGGCUCAGGUCCCUCAGGCUGCCGCUGUAGCCGGAGCUGCUGCUGUGCCUAAUGCAGCUGUACUGGCUGGAGCCAUAAAGAAUGCCACUGUGGGCACAACCAUUCAGGCUGCGACUGUAGGGGGGAAUGUGAUUGUGAACACAGUAGCUGGAGUCCCGCCAAGUCCUUUCCAGGCCAACAAACGCCUGGCAUCUCCAGUCAUACCAGGCACCCUGUCUCCUGCAGGUACAGCUGGAGCCCAAGUGGUCCAUGCACAACAGAGGUCAGUAACUGCUACUGCUGCCCCUGCUGAAGUGGUUGCCAUAGCUACAGGUCAGGGUGUUAGAGCCGUUACCCCAGUGACAGCAUCUGCAGUAGUUUCUACCACACUGAGCCCAGUGCAGUCACAAACCCGCCCGCUGGUUACUCAGGUCCCACCAGCCACAGGAAUGCAGCUGCCACAAGGAAAGCCUCUCACCCCAGCCCACCUGCAGAUGCUCCGACAGCAGCAACUGCAGCAGCACCAACAGCAGCAGCAACAACAGCAACAGGCUACUUCCCCUCAGAUCAAAGCUGUAGGAAAACCCCAGGAGUUGUUAAAGAUGCACAAACAUAAGUUGCAGCUACAGCAACAACAGCAGCAGCAGCAGCAGCAGCAGGUAGCUGCAGCUGUGGCAGCAGCUCAGGGCCAGCAGGCUGCAGGGGCCCAGCAGGCCACCCAGGUGCAGCCUGCACAGGCUGCCCAAGCUAAUCCCCAACUAGCAGCUGUGGCAGCACCCAGACCUGGAGCAGUGCUGACCGGUACCACUGUAGCCAACCUGCAGGUGGCCAGACUGACUCGAGUUCCCACUCAGGGCCAGAUUCAGGCCCAGGCAGGACAGACAGCUCAGGUCACCCUCACCAAGCCUCCUGUGGUUUCUGUGCCAGCUGUGGUCUCAUCAGCUGGUGUCACUACACUGCCAGUCACUGUAGCAGGCAUUAGUGUAGCGAUUGGUCAGGCCCAGAAAACAGGUGGCCCUGUGUUGACGCCGCCCUUCCCCCAGAUGCAGGUCCAGCAGCUCAUUCAGAUGAAGAAACAGCAGCAGCAGCAGGCGGCAGCGGUUCAGGCCGCAGCCCAGCAGAAAGCAGGACAGCCUCAGCAGGGACAAGCCACAGUACAGCAGAAGAUCGGCACUCAGCAGGUGACAGUGCAGGCCGCCCAGCCAGCCCAGCAGAAAGUGACCUAUGCUACGACCACCCAACUGCAACCGGGAAUCAAGACCCAGUUCUUCACUACAUCCAUCGCCCAGACCCAAAAAGCCGCUGGAACCCAACAAAUCCAGGUGGCUAAGCUCCCACAAAUUGUGCAGCAGCAACCAGCCGUGGCCAAUAUUCAACAGAUUGUAUCUUCUCCUCAGCAGAUCCAGGCCCAGCCUCAGACUGUCACUCUGACCCAGACAGCCACCUCGGCUCCUGCUCAGGUGCAGAUGAUUCCCACCGGGACCGCCACAGCCCAGGUGGUCCAGCAGAAGAUCAUCCAGCAGCAGGUGGUGACUGCUGCCGCCUCACCGCAGAUCCAGACGCCUCCUCCACACAGCCCCGCCCAGCAGCCUGCUGCCCCCACUGCUGCCGAGUCCCCGGUGCAGCAGACCGCUCAGCCGCAGCAGACCACCAAGGGUCAGGCAAGACAGGGAGGCAUCAGGGCCAAAACCCCUGCCAAGCCCAGUGGGGGGAGCAGCUAGGAGAUGCACAACCAUGAAGCUGCAUUUACCAAGUGUUUUCCUGCAGUACACAUGUACAGUGAUGAGGUUGUGCAAACUGACAUCCUGCUGCAUUCUGAAUGCAUCGAACCCUUACUUUACCCAACAUUUUUCAGUUUCAGCUGUGUUUUGGCAAAUCAGUCAUGAUGAAUUAACAUCAUCUAUUCAUUUGUUUCAAUAGAUGUGGAGUGUUUCUUGACAAUACUUCAAAUUUAUCCCCACAGUGACCGCCCAAUUCAUCAUAUGACAAACAGUCAUGCUUUCUAUCACUCAACAGAUGUCUGAGGCUGAGGAUUAUGGGUAAUUCUGCAUUGGGGAAUGAGCUCUCCAUUAGACUAAGUGUAUUCAUAAAAUAGUCCCUUUUAUGUCUGAUUCUCUCGUCUAUAGAUACUGAAUGGAGAGUAAUGCACGUUCCUUUAGUCAUGUUUUUUAUUUCAGCAAAUACACUGUAAACAUGUACUUUAGUAUUUUGUGUUUUCUCAUAAAUUGUCUUUUUUAUUGAUGUCAAAAGAAAAAAAACCUGUAAAUAUCAACAAAAAACAUUUGUACUUGUAAAGUAGUUGUGUUUUCAUUGAAUUUUUCAGCCUAAUUGUAAUAAAGUGUUUUGUUUUUAUACACAAAUUCAUCUUUUCCUCUCAUUAAAUCGUUGUAAGUACUUUGAAA